GCUGAAAUCUAUCGUUCGAUAUGACAUAACAUGACGAAACACAAACUGGAUACGAAGGGGAAGUACUAGGAACGAAAAUAUAUAUAGAGGAUAUAAUGCGAACUUCAGAUUAUAGCAAAUUGUAUUGAUCGUAUGUACACCAGGAAGGUAUCGCAUACUUUUAUUGGAAGGAAUCUUCAGAAGUACUCCAAAUAAUUGGAUAGAAAUAUUUACAGGCCUAAAAUGGAAAAGUCACCAAUUAACCUUCUACAAGAAAUUGUGGUCAAAGACGGUUAUCUUCCUAAUUAUACUUACACAAUAGACGUUCUCAAAUUUAAAUGUGAAGUAACCUGUAAAAAUUUAAGUGCAACUGGCAUAGGAAAUAACAAAAAAGAAGCUAAAUAUAAUGCUGCUUUAAAUAUGUUAUCAUUAUUAAAUGUUACAAUAGAUUCAAAAAGGCUAAAUACGGCUAAAAAUAAGACGCAUCAUUUAAAUAUUUACCAAACAAUAUACAACAAUCAAUCAAAUACAAAUAUUUCUCCUCCAUUACAUACACAAGUGUAUCCUGAAUUGAACUAUGUUGGAUUGCUACAAGAAUUUUGUACACAAUAUCAUCUAGAUUUACCUUCGUAUACACUUGUUGAUAUGAAUGGUCCCAGCCAUAUGAGAACAUUUAAGAUAAAAAGCACUAUUGGAUCCGUAGAAAUGACAGGCAUAGCACAUUGUAAGAAAUCUGCGAAACAAGAAGCUGCUAAAAAUGUGCUGCAAUUUUUGAUAGUUUCAAACAUAUUGCCAUUAGAAGCUUAUAAGAAACUUGAAAAUGUCAAGAAAAUAUUCCAGAAUAAUUCCCAAGACAUAACUAUAGGAAUAUCUUCCAUUAAAAUUAGUGAACCAGUUUUACCUGCUGAAGUAUCGAAAAUAACCGAGUUAUCAAGUGACACACUGACAAACUAUAUUGAACCUAUCUCUAACAAUAUAGCAAUGCAAAACAUUACAGUUGAGAACGGUACUACAGCAUAUAAUGACAAUAAUAAUACAAUUAAGAAUACUCACAUAAAUAUUUACCAAAGAAAAUCAACAGAAACAGUUUAUGACUGUACGCAAAUACUGGAAAAUAACCCCAAGAAAUUAAGCACAGAGAAGCCAACUGUUGAGUCCACACUUGUAACGUCAUCAGAAAAUGUCCAGUCGAGCCACAUUGAAUCAAAUUCUGACAAUACAAAAGAACAAAACCUUGUAAUUAAGAAUGAUCAUACAAACAUAUUGUCAUUAACAUUAUUUAAUAAUGAUAAAAGACAACGAACAAUUGAAGACGAUUUACGGAAGUUUAAUGUAGAAAUAAUAGAUAAUGAGGAAAACAAAAAAUCAACUUUACCUCUCACAGAAAUAUCAAGGAAAGCAUUAUCAGCUUAUGUUACAUCUGGAGUUUUGGACGACACAGGAAGACGCAAGUCGAUAAAUAUGGAUUCUCUUACAAAUUCUCACAAUUUAUUCAAACAUAUAUAUUCCAAUAAGAUACCAAAUGAUUUAAGAGAACGAAUGCAUAUUGUAUGCCAAAUGGACAACUAUAAAUCAAACAUAGUGGAAACAAUAUAUCAAGAUAUCCAAAAGGCAUUAGGAGUCAAAUUAAAACAAAUAAAUUGCAACAAUUACAGGACUGGUGUUACAAUAAUAUGUGUACGUAUGCUGUCUACGCCAAUUAUUGCACAAUUCGGUAUAGGUGCAACUGAAAAAGAUGCAAAGGCUCAGGCAAUGUUUGCAAUUAUUAAUACUAUCCUAGAAUAUCUAAAAUAAGACUUGUAGAGUAUUGAUUCUUUUCUCAUAGCACAUAAUGGACCAAAAACAGUGUAAGUGCAAUCUUGAAGAUUUUGUUAAAAAUUAUGAGUUCCCUAAAUUAAGAAAGACUUGUUCAAUGUUGUGCAUAUGUACAUGUAUGUCUUUAAUAUAAAGUAUUGAUAAGAUGGUCUUGUAUUUGACUGUAGGUUUGUUCAUAAUUGCUUUGACUAAAUUGUUUUUACAACUUUCUAUAUAUGUU